AUGAUAGUAACUAAUAAUAAUAAUUCUGAUGAACAAAAACAAUCAAUUGAAUUGAAUAAUCAUUGUUGGCAAGAAAAUAAUACAACAAUUAUGAAAUUUGAAACAAAAAUAUCAGAUUUCAUGAUGCCAAUUUUAUCCGAAACAUCGUCCUCAUCAUCAUCAUCAAGUGAAGAAUCUGAUUCAGUUGUAGCAAAUCACAAUCGAAAACAAAAACAACAACAGCGACGACGACGACGAUUGAAAAAAACUAAAAAUUUUGAAAAUGAACAAAAAUUAUUAAAAUUAGAUAAAAAUCUAAUCGAUCAAGUAUCAUCUGUCAAUGGCAGCCAUACAGUGAAUGAAAUGAACAUGAUUAUAACGGAUAAUGAUGAACAUUAUCAUCAAGAAUUGAAUCAAAAACAACAACAACAACAACAAAAACAACAACGUCGUCAUACAACAAAACAGCAAAAAAAAUUACGUAAUUAUUCAAGUUUGAUGAACUCAAAUUCAAUUUCAAAUAAUAAUAAUAAUAAUAAUUUUCAAUCGUCAAUGAUAUCCAAUAAUAAUAAUAAUAAUAAUGUUGUAAAACGUACAGUUACAUUACGUCGUAAAUCAUCAAGUAUGAAUCGUCAUUCAAUGAUAUAUCGUGCAAGAAAAUUUUUUCGUCGAUUACCAAAUGUAUCAACAACAACAACAACAACAACCGCAACAACGACAACAAACACUACAGCAACAAAAAACAAUACGAAAAAUGUUGAAAUUUUUAAAAUUCCUAAAUGUACAAAUGAACAAAAACGACAAAUACAGCAACAUUCAAAAAUUAAUCAAACAUCAACAACAACAUUAUUGAUGACUGGUAAUGAUGUACAGAUAAAUGAUCUCAAUGUUACAAUGAAUAAUGUUGGUGAUGAUGAUGAUAAUGAUAAUGAUAAUAAGAUACGAACAAAUGAAUCAUCAUCAUUAGGUUUAAAUAAUAAUAAUAAUAAUAAUAGCCAUGAAUUACGUUAUUAUCGUUUGAUGAAUUCAUUGAAAACGAUAUUAUCAGAUGAAUGGAAUUGUUUAACAUUUAAUAAUAAUAAUAAUAAUAAUGAUCAAUAUAAUAAUUGUGAUGAUCAAGAAGAAUCGACAUUAAUUUUAUGUAUAAAUCGUUUAUUGAAUGAAAAUCGUCGUAAUCGUUUAGAAUUGAAUGAUAAAAAUAAUGAAAUAUUAUUAUUACGUAAAGAUUCUAUACAAUUACAUAAUCAGAUACAAAAUGUAUGUAAAUAUUUUGAUAAUUUAGAAGAUAAAUUAAAUGAAACUAUAAAUGAACGUUAUAAUAAUAAUAAUCCAAAUGAAAUGAUGACAUUCGAUCUAUAUAAAGAUUCAAUAUUGGAAAAAGUAAUGAAAAAUUUAGAAAGAAAAUCAUUCAAUGAAGAAUUAAUGAUAGCUAAACAUCAACAAAAUUGUGUACCGACAAAAAAUACCGACAUUGAUAAAUGUGAAAUCGAUAAAACAUUACCAUUGGUUUCAAAUCGUCUUACUGAAUUGAUAGAAAAAUUUGAUCAAAAUUUAACAUCAUUCAAUCUGAUUAGCCAGAAAAGAAUGCUUCAAGUUGAUGAAGAAAUACGACAACAUCAAGAUCAAAUUCAAUAUCUUAUGGAUGAAAUUUCUCAAUUAAAAUAUUCAUCGCCUACACAAAAUGAUAAUCAUUAUCGUCAUCAACAUCAUCAUCAGAUUAUUGACGUAAAUAGUAUCGAUAUUGAUGAUGAUGAUGAUGAUGAUAAUGAUGAAAAAAUCAGUGCAAAUCAAUCCGAACCGAAACAAUCUGAACUAAAAGAUUCACAACAUCAAGAACAAGAAAAAACAACAAAUCUUUCUACAGAAUCGAUUGAAAUAAAAUGCAAAUUACGACGAAAGAAAAGUUUUUCAUUGGGUAAUCUUGUUAUCGAUUUUGAUUCAAAUGAUUAUUAUAAUAAUUUUAAUUUGGAUCAUAAUGAUCAACAACAACAACAAUAUGGUAGUGUUGAAUGGUUAAAAUCAAUAGAAUCAUCAUCAUUAUCAUCACCACCAUCACAGUAUUGUACAUCACCAAGACCAAGACGAAGAAAAUCAACCGGUAAUGAUAAUAAUUCACCAUCAUCAUCAUCACCAACAACCGAUGCAAAUUUACAUUAUUAUGAUUCAUUUUCACAUAAAUCAAAAUAUUUUCAACAAAAAAUUCUUGAAUUACGAAAACAAUUGAUUAUUAAUUGAUUCAUUUUGUUGUUUUUUUUUGACACAAAGUUACCGAAAACAGAAACAUCUAAAAUUUUAAUUUUCUACUAUUUUGAAUAUUUUGUUUACCCUGAUAAUUGAUUUUUUUUACAAACACAUUAUUAUUAUUCAGAAUCUAAAUAAAAUAAAUUAAUUCAAGCAAACCA